UAAGCCAUUCAGUCUGUGCUGUUUGUCUAGCACCUUGCUCUUCCUUAGCUGCUCUGCAUUAAAAUUCAUCAUGAUAAUUCCAAAGUUGGAGCGUAUCGUUUUGCUGGCUGUGUUAUGUCUUCUACCAAUCAUUUGUGCGGACCCUUCUGAAGUGAAUGCAUCAGGACGUAAGAUGCAGCAACGAUUCAUACGAGACUAUCAAGACACGACUGAUGUAGCAGAUCUUUUAGCAACUACAGUUGAACCUGAGUUACCAACUGGAGACUUGCCUACGGUACAAGAAGAAGGAAGGAAUCCUUAUGUAGCAACAGAAGCUGCCCCUGUUGAGACUUCUUCUCCAGAGGCUCUUUUGUUUUAUCCUCCUGUAUCCGUAGAUCAACCUAAAUAUCGUCCAGCUACUCAUUACGCUCCUCCAGCUGAUCCUUCUAGAGGUGGAAAGGUAAGCACUUCCAAACGUCCGUUUGGAUUGGGCGUACCUAAACUGAGGCAGCUUGGCUUCCCUCCGAUAUCAAACACACGAGAAAAUGUGGGUCAGCAAGUGAAUUGGGAAGCUAAAAUUGGCCGAGCUCAUGGUUCAUUUCAUGAAUUUCUUUUGGCUUAAUGCAAAUGAAAAAGCUCUCGUUUAAUUGUUAAAUAUGGGCUGAUGACGAUUGCUGAGCUUUCGUCUUUUUGUAAUACCAACAUCAUAUAGUAACACGAAACAAUAAACAAAUAUCAAAAA